ACACACACACUCCACUACACACACGUCUGUGGAUUACUCUCACUCUCUCAGUGUGUGUAUGUGUGUGUCUGGGGGAUUUUAACACCUGUACAGGUUCAGCAUCAGAAGAUAAGGAUGUAUAGAAGAUGAAGAGUGUGUGAGAGUGUGUGAGUGUGUGAGUGAGUGUGUGAGUGUGUGUGAGGGCUGGAGAAGGUUCUCCGUUCAGUGUUCAUUACACAGUUUGAUGAUCGUCGUGACCUGACGUGUAGUAACGGCGGUUUUGAGCUGAAGUAGACAUGAAGGCACGAUUCUGGUGCAGGAUCUCACUGGUCCUGACCAUUCUGAUCUUGACCUUGUACAGUGAUGUGGUUGAGGGUCAGCGGGCAGGUUGUAAGAAUGUCCACUACGACCUGGUGUUCAUCCUCGACACCUCGUCCAGUGUCGGCAAGGAGAACUUCGAGAAGAUCCGACAGUGGGUUGCCAACCUGGUGGAGUCGUUUGACGUGGGUGAGGAUAAGACUCGCGUGGCAGUGGUGCGCUACAGCGACCGUCCCACCACCGAGUUCAACUUGGCUAGGUACAAAACCCUAGAGGAAGUAAAAACAGCAGCCAGGAACAUCCGCUACCUGGGUGGCAACACCAAAACUGGAGAUGCUAUCAGCUACACCACCAACAACAUCUUCACCGUCCAGGCAGGAGCCAGACCUGCUGCCAGGGGCAUUCAAAAAGUGGCCAUUUUGCUAACAGACGGUAGGAGUCAGGAUUAUGUUCUGGAACCUUCCGUUGCGGCGGCCAGGGCCGGGAUCAGGAUGUUUGCCGUGGGGAUUGGCGAGGCGCUGAAAGAGGAGUUGGAGGAGAUUGGGGCCGAGCCAAAAAACGCUCACGUCUUCCACGUGACAGAUUUUGAUGCCAUUGACCGAAUCAGAGGCAGGCUGAGGCGGAGACUCUGUGAGAAUGUGCUGUGCCCGAACAUGAAGGUGCAAGCUGAACGCUUCAAGCCCAACAGCACGAGUGCCGGACAACAGGAAGUUCCAGGAUUUGACCUGAUGGAGUAUUUUAAUGUGAGAGAUGUUCUGGGAGAAAAGUCUGAACCUGGACAGAGCUCCUACGUCAGACUGGGCACCAUGCCUAUUGUACAGCAGACUGAGAACGUGUUUUCACAAGGCCUUCCAGAUGAAUACGCCUUCGUCACCACAUUCAAAUUCAGAAAGACUUCUAGGAGGGAGGACUGGUACCUGUGGCAGGUGUAUGACAAGUACGGCAUCCCUCAGGUUUCUAUCCGUCUGGAUGGAGAGAAUAAAGCGGUGGAGUACAACGCCGUGGGUCUGACCAGAGACGCGGUCCGAGCCGUGUUCCGCAGCCCCGACGUGGAAAACCUGUUCGAUAGAAACUGGCACAAGAUCGGCCUGAGCGUCCACUCCAAAUCCGUCUCGCUCUAUCUGGACUGCAAACACAUCCAGACUCUACCGAUCGAGGACCGUGAGGACAUCGACAUCCAGGGCAAGACCGUGAUCGGCAAGAGACUCUACGACAGCGUCCCCAUCGACUUCGACCUUCAGAGGAUGGUCAUCUACUGCGACUCUAAGCAGGUAGAGCAGGAGACAUGCUGCGACCUACCUGGAGGCCCUUGCCCUAAGCAGGUGGUCACUGAACCGACUCCGAUUUUAAUCCCGACUCCGACUCCUACGAGUGGAGAGCAGAAGAGUGGAGAACACACCGUUAACUGCUCCUGCACCGCAGGGGAGAGGGGUGAGACAGGUCUGCCCGGUGCUGAAGGCCCUAAGGGUGAAAAGGGAGAUCCGGGUCUUCAGGGUUCUCCAGGACCACAUGGACCCAGGGGCCAGAAAGGAGAACCUGGCAAGGCUCUCUCUAUCAAAGGAGAUAGAGGCGAGAAGGGGGACAGCGGAGAGCAGGGACAGCCUGGGGUCAGGGGUGACAAGGGGGAGAAGGGAUUUGAUGGCCUUCCGGGACUCACUGGGAAACCGGGAGACAAAGGAGACCAGGGUGAACCGGGUUCUGCUGGAGCUCGGGGGUUACCUGGACUGAUCGGACCACAGGGUAUCCAAGGUGAAGCAGGACACCCUGGACAACCUGGUCCCAAAGGUGUUUCUGGUGAUCCGGGCAAAAAAGGAGAAAAGGGAACAGCAGGAGACAGGGGUCUCCCAGGGUUAGAUGGUUUUCCUGGAAAACCAGGAGUUCCAGGAAAAGACGGUUUGGUGGGUCUGUCUGGUGCACCAGGCUUGAAAGGAGAAAAGGGUGAGAGAGGUCCUGCUGGAAUACCUGGAGAUAUGAGCGCCUCAGGAAUUCCCGGUCCUCCUGGAGCAGAUGGACCUCCUGGACCUCCUGGUCCACCUGGUCCUCCUGGUCCACCGGGAAUAUCGGGAGAAAUCGGACAAAGGGGAAAGAAAGGAGAAGCAGGACUUCCUGGAGUUGAUGGUCUUCCUGGACCACCGGGUCCCGCAGGCCCCCCUGGACCCCCCGGGAGUCAGGGUCAGACUGGACUUCCUGGAUUACCGGGAGAAAUCGGGUUCCCCGGGAAAGCCGGAGAGGCGGGAAAACCUGGUCUUCCCGGGAAGGAUGGCGUCGACGGUCAGCCUGGAAGUGACGGACAGAAAGGACCUCGAGGUGAACCGGGUCUGGACGGUUUCCCUGGAAACCCGGGUCCGAAGGGUGAUGAAGGACCUCCAGGACCACGAGGACCUCCAGGAGAAAGGGGUGAGGCGGGUCUCCCAGGUGAGGCAGGUGUGAUGGGACCUCGAGGAGAAAGAGGACUGCAGGGUGAGAGAGGAAAAGACGGAGAUGUGGGGCCGAAAGGGGAGAAAGGAGACAAGGGUGAAAUUGGACCCAGAGGACUUCCAGGAACCCCAGGAGACGCUAUGAUUCCCGAGCCUGGAGAGCCGGGAAAAACUGGAGAGAAAGGAGAGAAAGGAGAUCAGGGAAAACAGGGAGAAAUGGGCCCAAGAGGACUUCCUGGUGAGCAAGGCUUCAGAGGACAGCCUGGACUUCCGGGAGCUAAAGGAGACCAAGGGUCCCAGGGAGGUCCAGGCAAUAACGGAGAACCGGGUCCUCCCGGGCUGCCCGGCCCUCAGGGGCAACGAGGACUGCCUGGCAACGUGGGGAUUCCGGGCAGUAUCGGACCACCGGGAAUACCAGGACAGAGAGGAGAAAAGGGAGACCCUGGUAAAGAUGGUCCAGUAGGCCCCCCAGGUUUGACUGGAGAGCCAGGUCUAAGAGGUGAGGCAGGACCACCAGGGAAAGGCAAAGAAGGAGCAAAGGGGGAUGCAGGAUCACCAGGAAUGCCUGGAGCUCCAGGACAGAAGGGCCCACCAGGAAAUCCAGGAACGCAAGGGAUGCCAGGAGACAGAGGUCCUACAGGAGAGGGAACCACCGGACCAGCUGGACCACCAGGCCCACCUGGAUUAGUAGGAGCAGUGGGACCAAGAGGAGCAUCGGGUGUCCCGGGACCUCAAGGACCUUCUGGACACAACGGUUUACCAGGAAGACCUGGAGAUAAAGGAGCUCAGGGAGAGCCGGGUAAAGCUGCAGAUCUGUCUCAGUUAGACCUGAAGGGUGUUUGUUCAAACUGUCCACCUGGACCUUCUGGACCACCAGGAAUCCCAGGAGUUCCAGGAGAAAAAGGCCCUGCUGGACCGGCGGGGAAAAACGGACAGGAUGGAUACCAGGGUGCUCCCGGACCUGUCGGACCCCCAGGACCACCUGGAGCUGAGGGAAGCAAGGGUGAGAAAGGUGAACGAGGCUCCCCGGGAGCUGCUGGAGACAAAGGUGAAAAGGGACCCCCAGGGCCUCCUGGUUAUCCAGGUACAGCUGGAACAAUGGGUCAGCCUGGUAACGAUGGCAACCCUGGAGCCCCUGGUCCUCCUGGACCUCCUGGAGAAAAGGGUAAAGAGGGACUAAAAGGGAUUCAGGGUCCUCCUGGUCUGCCAGGUUUAAUGGGAAUGAUGGGUAAGCCUGGGAAAGACGGACAACCGGGAGAAGUGGGUGAGCCGGGCAAACAGGGAGAACCUGGAACACCAGGAAGAGAUGGACUCCGAGGUCUUCCUGGGUUUAAAGGUCACAGAGGAGAGCCUGGAGAACCAGGGUCGAAGGGUGAAGAAGGGAAGCCGGGUCCACCAGGACGGGAGGGUUCACCCGGGAAAGACGGCAUCAUGGGACCUCCGGGGCCUGAAGGUCACAGAGGACCGAGUGGACAACCGGGGAAACCUGGAGAUCCUGGACAACCCGGGAAAUCUGGACAGCCCGGACCGCCGGGUCUUCCAGGAGGAAGGGGUGAGACAGGAAACCCAGGGCUGCCCGGAUUCACAGGUCCAAAAGGACCAUCGGGUCCACCAGGUCCCAUCGGCCCCGAGGGCAAACAGGGCAUUCCGGGCAAACAGGGGGACAGAGGCUUCAAAGGAGAGAAGGGUGACAAUGGCAUCAAAGGUGACAAAGGCCCCACUGGUGAACCAGGAAUCCCUGGAAUCCCAGGACCUCCAGGCAGAAAGGGUCACACAGGUAUGAUGGGAAUGUCUGGACCUCCUGGAGAGAUGGGAACCUCUGGACCCCCAGGACCUCCUGGCCAGCCUGGUCUUCCAGGACAGAGGGGAGAAACUCCAUCUCUGGAAUCGAUACGCAGGUUAAUUCAAGAGGAACUCGCCAAAGAACUACAAGCCAAGAUGGCUUACCUCAUGGCCCAAAUUCAGCCCACACACGUAAAGAGCUCGGUUGGCCGUCCUGGUCCACCUGGACCUCCAGGAAAAGAAGGACAACCUGGAAGACAAGGUCCACCUGGAGAGCCUGGCAUGCCUGGCCAAAAUGGAGCAGAGGGACCCCGAGGUCCAACAGGUCCUAAAGGUGAAAGAGGUGCCAGAGGGGAGAAGGGAGAAAAUGGUGUUGGACAAAGGGGAGAGCCUGGUGCACCUGGUCUAAUGGGUCCAGCAGGAAUGCCUGGAGAGGGCAAAGACGGUCUUCCAGGAGCAACUGGACCUCAGGGUGAGUCUGGACAUCCAGGUCCUCAUGGACAACCUGGACCACCGGGACCUCCGGGUCAAUGUGACCCUUCUCAGUGUGCCUACUACGCCAGCCUGGCGUCACGACCUCACACGAAAAAUGUCAAGGGAACCUAAACCUACAGCUCGCCAGGACUAUUUAUGAACUUAUCAGAACCUAAAGCUCUUCCUGACAAGAUCCAGAGAGCUUCGGCUGGGGGGGAAGAUGAGACAUUUUUACUUUUUACGGAGUGUGUUUUAUGAGUGUGUGUCCUGCCGGUCAGAUAUUAUGGCUAAUUUGUUCGCUUGGUGGGAAUGGGGAGGGUUUGUACUGUAAGCUACGGGAGGGGAGUAAUUUAAAAUGUAGCUGAUUUUUUUUUAGAUCAGGGAAUUUCUCUCUGUUCAGAAGAUGAAUUGUCCUGUUUUCUUUCUUUUUUUUUAAUGCAACCUGCAAAGUCUUUAGGUGGAGAGACUUUACUAAUACCAGACAGAUAAAUUGAUGGUGAUAAAUUAGCCUCGGGUCUUCAAUCAGUGUGUGGAAUUGAUCCAUUGUUAAGAAGGUCUUUUUUUAGGAGCCUGUGUGUGUGUGUGUGUGUGUGAGGCAAUUAUCGAGCUAGGAGAUUUAUCUUGUGGAGUAGGAUCGAUUUGUGCUGGUCGGAAGUGUCACAGAGGAAGAAAAACACCGAAUAUAAUCUUCGCACGUUGCCUCUGAGAUCGUUCGCCCGUCGCUCCAAGACGGUUGAGCUUUGAUCAUUUUUCUGAAUAUAUUGUAUUCAAAAGUUUGUAAAUGUUUAUGAUGAACAAACCCAGUCUCGAUCCUGUAUCCAGCUAAUCAGAUGACUCCAUUUUUCUCCCAUGUAAGCAAGUUAGACUUGUUGGUCACUUCUGAUUCACUCUCUAAGAACAAAGAGGUUUUAAGAGCUUUCGGGCUAUUUACGCUACCAUGAUGAAGAGUGUGCGGUCAUUUCUGAUUACUUUUGUAUUAGCCACAAAAACAGAGAUUAUUAAAGGAUGUAUUUUACAGCACAAGUCCAAUGACUUCUAAAGAUUAUUUUCUUCAUCCUGCCCUCAUUUAUGCUUCAUAUUAUCCUUUCCAGACCUAAUUAUCCAUAUAACUUCAAAAGCUGUUGAUUGUAACUCCAGAACGUUUCCAGAUCGAAUCUCGAGAUUUCUACUAUGCUGGAGUGGAACUGCAUUUCUUUCUCCUUCGUAUUUUCUGAAGCAUCUUGAAGUCAGAUGCACCACAGUAUAUUUUGAUAUUAAUUCAAAAAUUUCUUAAAUUCAUUUUUUUGCUCAUCAAGAAAGGAAAUUUUUACAAUUAAAAAAGUUUUAAAAAGUAUUGAGGUGACAUUUUUAAGUCACAAAUGAGCAAACAUAAUAAAAACACACAUCGUCGAAUCCAAUCCCAGUCACACUGAAGUUAAGAUGAGUGAACUUAGCGAGUCAGCUAGCUGUAGCUAUCAAACCGGUGAUAUUAGCUAGCUAGAGCUAAUUUGCUGGCUAGUUAUUAAAUCUACACCUACAGCAUACAGAUAUAAAAUCCCUGUCAAAUGCUGUAGCUACUUUUCAUUCAAACAAAAUGACAUAAUUUCUGUAAAAAUUAGGGCGGAGUUAAGUCUGUCUCUAAGGAGAGAUGGGCAGAACGGGGAGACGUUAUUUAUAUCUCCGAGAUCAGACUGUCCUCACAGCACAAGUCUGCGCUUGCCUGAUCAAUCUAAUCCCCGAUGAUGAAAAAUGGCAAGCGCUAAUGAUGUGAUACGUUUCAGCAAGCUUUACACAUUUGCACAGUUAUGUAAAUGAAGUGCUUUCUCAAUUUUUAAGCAAGCCUAAUGUCUUGUAUUUUUUUCCCCCUCCUCUUCUGCUUCCUCCACAUCUGGUGUGCUGAUGUGUUUUUGUUUAGUUUUGUUGUUGUUUAAUGUUGAUAAUUCUUCGCCUUAAUCGCAGGUUGCAUUAAAUUAUUUUAAUGA